AUGGACGUGCCGGCAAAGGGAAAUGUUUUGGGCAGGGUAGUACCAGCGCGGUACAUCCUCGCCAUCCUCGGCUCCAUCGCCAUGGCCAUCGUCUACGGGUUAAAAGUCAACUUAUCCGUGGCCUUGGUCGGAAUGCUCAACUACACAGCCAUCAAGACGUUAGAGGGAGACGCGGGGAGCCACUCAGCUGCUGUCGACUCUAGCAACGACUGUGGAAGCAAAAGCGCUGGGAACUCCACUCAUCAAGAAAUCGACGGUCCAUUCACGUGGGGAAGCACGACGCAAGGCAUCGUAAUGAGUUCUUACUUUUGGGGGUACUUCAUCUCGCAGAUUCCUGGGGCGCGGAUAGCGGAACUGUUCUCAGCCAAGUGGGUGAUGUUCUUCAGCGUCACCAUCAACGUCGUGUGCACGUUGCUCACACCCGUGAUGGCUGAAUGGUCGGCCGCGGCCGCCGUGGUCAUGAGAGUCGGCGAGGGGAUUGGCGGGGGCGUCACGUUUCCCGCCAUGCACGUACUGCUGUCAAAAUGGGCGCCGCCGGCCGAGCGGAGUGUCAUGGCGGCCCUGGUGUACGCGGGCACGUCGCUCGGCACCGUCAUUUCCAUGCUGCUGGCAGGCAUACUCACAGCUCAGCUGGGUUGGGAGAGUGUAUUCUAUGUGAUGGGAGGACUGGCAGCGAUCUGGUGCUUGCUGUGGGUGGUACUGAUCCAAGAUUCUCCGCAGCAACAGCCUCUUAUCAGCGCCGAGGAGCGGAACAUGAUCGUCACGUCUUUAGGAGGGAAGAGUGAUGAUCACGGUCAUAAGAACCUGCCAGUACCAUGGCGCGCGGUGCUGACAUCACCCCCGUUCCUGGCCAUCCUGGUGGCGCACGCGUGCUCCAACUGGGGCUGGUACAUGCUGCUCAUCGAGCUGCCCAUGUACAUGAAGCAAGUGCUCAAGUUCGAGAUGACCGAGAAUGCCGUUACCACCGCUAUGCCAUUCCUGACCCUUUGGUUCUUCAGCAUGGGGCUCAGCAAGACCCUGGAUUGGCUGCGGGGACGCGGCAACAUUACCACAACUACGGCUAGGAAGAUUGGCACUUUGUUUGCUUCUGUGGUCCCAGCGAUCUGCCUGUUGGCGGUGUGCUACAUCGGGUGCAACCGUGCGGCGGCGGUCGCUCUCAUGGCGAUCGGAGUGACUUGCGUCGGCGGCAUGUUCUGCGGGUUCCUGUCCAACCACAUCGACAUAGCGCCUAACUUCGCAGGAACCUUGAUGGCGAUCACCAACACCGUGGCCACGAUCCCUGGCAUCGUCGUCCCUAUUUUCGUGGGAGAAAUAACCAAAGGCAAUAAAACCAUAACCGCCUGGCGCGUGAUAUUCUUCGUGACCAUAGCCCUGUACGUGCUGGAGAUCCUGGCGUACACCAUCUUCGGCUCCGGCGAGGAGCAGCCGUGGAACAAGGUGGCACAGGAAGAGCCCGCGGAAAACAAACCGCUCAACAAUGAUACCGAGAAAACACACGUGUAAACAAAAAAAAUUAUUCUGGUGCCGUAUUGUUUAUGUUGGUUUUACGUGAGUUAAUCUGGGGUAAAUCACAUACAUCCUUUCUAUUUCUGAUGACAAAAUUCCGUCUUCAAUAUUCAGCUAAGCGUAUUACUCUUUAUGUGUGGUUUUUCGGUACGUACUUAAUUUCCAUCUUUAUACUAAUUUAUAUUAUUAGCUGUUUACCGCAGCUGGUUAAUGUUUGUGGGGUAUCGUCAAAGAGUAGUAUGAGUUUCGUACCCGAAUGAAUUUAAAAAAAAACUUUAAAAUAAAUAUACAUUGUUCGGUGUGGUUGAAGCAAAAUCGUCUAAAGCAUUUAAAUAAAUAAAGCCUGUCAGAUGAAGCGUGUAUUAGAUUCGAAUUGUGGUGGUACAAACAGCAACACUCUUAACUGUCCAUCGGUGGACCUUAUGCCUUUUGUUUACUAACUGUCAAUUAAGGGCCAGUUGCACCAACCAUAUUUGACAGACUGAUCAACGUCAGCCGGCGCGCCCCGGCGCUUUACUAUGAAACUUUCCAUACAUAAAAAUUUAGCGAACUCUUUAACGAUACGAACAGUUUGGUGCAACCGACCCUAAGUGUGGGCGAUGGUAUGAAACUAUAAUAUUAUCGAAGUUAAAAGUGCUACUCGCACUUGACCGAAUUACAAUAGCGCCAAAUGCGCCAAUGCAUUUCAGUGUGAAUCUAGUGAAGCU